GUAAACAAUCACGCAAUAACGCAAUCCAAUGGCUCAAUUUUUAGAACAGACUUUUUUUCGCAAUCCUUGUGUUCAGUUUUGUAAGUUUUCCUAGUUCCCUGUAUUCUUCCUGUUUUUCUCUUUUCUAUUGAUGCAAUGGCUAGUGCUUUAAAAUCAUACAUUGUUAUUCGGGACUAUCAACCUGGAGAUGAACUGCAAUGUCAGGAGGUUGUUAAAGAAGGAACAAUGUCAACUGUGAAUGCUGCAUUUUUUGCUGGCCUAACACGUGAGAUAACUUUCGAACUCAUGGUCUUAAUGUCUGCACUAAUGUUUAUUUUUUUUGGUUUUCCGUUUAGUGUUUGCUUUGCAUCUAUUCCUGUUGUUAUCGCUCUUAUGUACUGCUGUAUUUACGCUGGACAUUCAUUCAAAGCGAUGGAAAUGUUGGGUGAUCUGUCCAAUAUUCCUCGCGUCUACAUGUCUAAUGAUCACACAGGGUUUUGGGUUGCAGAAGUUUUAGAACCCUGUUAUAAUUUUACGUCGCCAAAGAACAUUGAUUACUCCAUUAUCUCACAGAAGCAUUUUCGAUGUUUAAGCCUUGACUUGAAACAGUAUCGGAAAAAAAUAAUUGGAACAGUCGGAAUUGUGAAAAGCCGUAAUUUUGAAAAUUUUGCAUGGCUCCGUCGCAUGGCUGUGUCCUCUGGAUACCAACGUAAAAAAGUUGCCUCCAGUCUACUGGAUGAGGCCCUUCGAUUUUGUGCCAGCAAACACUAUGUUGCCGUAGAGUUAAUAACAACUGAAUGUCAUGAUAGCGCUCGAUCUCUUUAUUUGAAAAAGGGAUUUGAGCUCAGGCAAAUUUAUCACAAAAAAUAUGUAUGUAAUAUUGUUUCAAUUUUAAUUUUCAACCUAUACUUUAAUUUGAAAAAUUUCAAGCUAGUGGAACCAUAAUUUUUUCUUUAUAUCAUAGAUGGUUUCACUCUUGUUUAAUUUUUGUAUCAUACUCAUAAUGGAAAAUUAUUCUUAUGUAUGAAAAAGCCUCUUUGCGAUUUCAUUUUUUACUUUUGGACUUCUAGGUGUAAACAAUGUGUUAAAAUAGGAGUUAAGUAAGUACCAAAGUAUAAACAUCUUUAAAAAAAUCAAAAUCUAAUUUAUACUAUGCUCAGCUCUUAUGAGCCACAGAACCAAAAAUUUUAGUGAGGCAUUCCAUCCUCAAACUUGUUAUAAAAGAAAUAAAUUUCAAUUCCCUUUUUUUACACAAUUUUCCGUGGAGGGAAGGUAGGCUCCCAUGCCACCUCCUAGUGCUGCCCUUGACUGUAAAUUGGUGCAUUAACAGGAAGGCAUUUCAGAGUUCCCAAUUUAUUUGAAUGUCAUUCAGUAUUUUAUAAGUAUUCAUAUUUUGUUCAAUAUAAAGACACUUCUAUUCUCUGUGAUACUGUAUCGACUGAUUCUAAUGCUCAAACUGUUGCUCUGCACUAAAAAUUUUUUAUAAAUAUUUCAUCUGCAAAAUUAAUCAAAUUCUGUUAGUCAGAGAUUUCCAUUAAAUAAUUAAGAUCCAAUUAUUGAGAUAGUUUACUUCCAAUGAAAGUAAACAAGCUCAUCUGCGUAGGUAUCCUACAAUUUUCUGAAAUUACAUACCCACUCGCAAAACCAUGAGAAUAUUUCAUUUUUUUAAUUAGGGAAACUUCUGUCUAAAAAAAAUUGUGAAAUCAGACUGAUUUCACCAAUCUUUUCCCUGUGGUUCCUGGUCCUAUCAAUUCCUUGUUCCCCACCUUCACUUGGGCUCUUUGUUGGUUUGUUUAUUUUUUAUUAAUUUUUCUUAAGUUUUUAGUUUUAAGAGAUGGCAAAAAAUGUGAAAAAGUUGCAGUCCUGAAGCUGGUAGCUCUCUGGAAAUCGAGCAGACUCUAACGCCAAGAUGAUAAUUGUAAGGAAUGAUCAACUAUCAAAAUUAAAAAUUAAGGUCAAAAUUUUAAAAAUUUUUAAUGACUGGUGUUAAGUUUAACCCAGACUGAGAUUACAUAAACCCCUACCUUCUUACUCUAACACAUACUGUAAGUUAUUGCUCAGGAAAUCAGGCUGCCUGCAUUUUCAACAUUUUUUAACAUUUGUAUUCAUUGAUUUUACCUCCGAUCAUUAUUAACGAUGGCCAUAUGCAUAAUCAAAACGUAUCACUUAUUGUUAUUUUUGCUUAAACAACUUCAGCAAUUUUCUCUGUUAUAUGUCACAUAUCAACGGUGUAAGUCGGCAAUCACAUAACUCGGUUUGCGACGUCGUAGACUUUCUGUCAUAUUUUAUUUUUUAAACAGAAAACCACUCAACAGCAAUUCUUUAAAACUGCCAAGAUUUUUCUUCUCUGUGCAGCAAAAAUCCUUCAUUAACGUCAAGGAAUGAUGCCAAUUAGUUCUCCUUUAAAAAAAUAACAUAGAGGCGGAGAUCUUCAGACACCGCAAACGAGUUAAGUGAUUGCCGACUUACACCGUCGAUAUGUUGCUUUGUCAUUUUUAAAAUCAUUCUGACACUAUUUCAUUUGCCAAGUAGCCAAUCAUUUCCUGAUCCUAUACCCAGGAUUUUCACAAUUUUUAUUUGUCCAAUACUCUCUCUCGAAAGAUAUUGCCAACAUUUCUUUGUGAUCUGGGUACAUUCAUACUUAUAAGACUGAAGUCCUGUGAAAAAGUUGCGCCUUAUUUGAAUUUUGUAUCUUUUUUUAUUAUUUGUUUCUUACUAAAGUAUUGAAUAAUGUUUGCAUCCUUAGAAUAACUGAGCUUUUAUUUUGUUAUAUAUUCUUUAAUGUAAAUUUGACUUCUUGAGUUCACAUAAUGGUGAAACCCUGGAAUAAUUUACAUUAUGUCCAUCAUCCAAAAAGACAAUCUCAUGAAUGAAUGCUGAUUUUUAGCUCAAGUUAGAACAGCAUUACUGAAGUUUGUGAUUCCAAAAAAUUAUUCGGUCAAGAGUUCCCUAUUAUAGUAAUUUUUAAUGAACAACCACUUUUAAAGUGUGAUUUUUAUUUAUAUUGAGAUUACAGAGGUUUACUUUCACUACUAGCAACGUCGCUAUUCGACCUAUGCCCUCUGACUAUGGUGCCUUCAUGAAAGCAAUGAGCAAUAAAACAUCCACUAUUGUUUCCUUUGUUCACAUCAAGCAAUAUAUCUCCGAUCAGCAGUGUGGGGAAAGUGUAUAAAAUGAACAGUAGUGUGGUAGUCAAACAUUUUCUGCCAGUACUUUAUUGUUCCUCCCUCAAAAGAGAAAGACUCAUCAUUCUCACAUUAAGUUUUCUGAAUAUUUUUUGGAAUGACAAAAGAAAAGGACAUGAAAGUUCACAAGACACAGGUGUUCAGUUUCGCGUUGUGAGGAUCAAAUGUGACAAGUAGUUUACCAUAUUUCAAAUCGAAUUAUAGGCUCUCCAAGGUCACUAUUGAACUACAUAAAUAUAAUUCAGCAGGGUCAACUUUGUUUUUUCUCUCUUUAAUAGAUUACUAUGCAUGAGUUUGUGAUUCAUUUUUUUAAGUUUGUUGUAUUUUCCGCCUAUAUUUUUAUGAUGUUUUAUAAUGGGACUUCAUUUUUGCACUGAGAAGCCACAAGCUUUGCAAUACUGCCAAGAUUGCACAAUUUCUUCCAAGGAACUUCCAAAGAAAAUUCCGGAGCUUUGAUUUCUUUCUUCACAUCAAAACAAGGUUAAUUAAAAGAGAAAAUUACCUACUCAUUAAUUUCAUUCAUUGAUGUGUUUUUAUUAAAUUGGUUGCAAAUGCAGAAACUGUACAGUCAUAGCAAAAUUGCAAUGCUAUUGGUUUUUUGCAAAAUUUAGCCCAAUUAACUAUGCCGUUUUUUAUAUUCUUAAAUCAUUGUUGUAUUCAUAGUUAAAUCCAAUCCUAUUGUGAUUGAUUACUUUUGAUCUAUUAUAAAUAAAAAUUUUUAUCCCAAAA